UCGUCACUUCCGGCAGACGCUCUGCGUCGUUUGCGUCGUCACUUCCUGCCGAUACCGGUGUGGAGAGUGCGGGUCGCAGCUGGCCGGUUCUCCUGUUCUCCCCCUCCCCUACUUUUCCUCCCUCCCUCCCUUACCCUCUCCCUGGGCUACGGUCGCUCACCUGUCGCUCACUCCCUGACCCCUCCCUAACCCCCUCCGGACCACCUUGCGGCCGGAUUGGCCUCUUUUUCCUGAUUUCCCGGCCCAGCCCCGGUGUCAGGGCGGGGGCCUUGUGGAGCCUGAGGCGCUGCAGCUGCGGAGAGAAAAGACGACGACGACCCUCCGCUUCCCAGUCCGGUCGCCGCCAUGGCAAUGAGGCAGACACCGCUCACUUGCUCCGGCCACACGCGACCCGUGGUUGAUCUGGCCUUCAGUGGCAUCACGCCUUAUGGGUAUUUCUUAAUCAGCGCUUGCAAAGAUGGUAAACCUAUGCUACGCCAGGGAGAUACAGGAGACUGGAUUGGAACAUUUUUGGGUCAUAAAGGUGCUGUUUGGGGUGCAACACUGAAUAAGGAUGCCACCAAAGCAGCUACAGCAGCUGCAGAUUUCACAGCCAAAGUGUGGGAUGCUGUCUCAGGAGAUGAAUUGAUGACCCUGGCUCAUAAACACAUUGUCAAGACUGUGGAUUUCACACAGGAUAGUAAUUAUUUGUUAACCGGGGGACAAGAUAAACUAUUACGCAUAUAUGAUUUGAAUAGACCUGAAGCAGAACCUAAGGAAAUUAGUGGUCACACCUCUGGUAUUAAAAAGGCUCUGUGGUGCAGUGAAGAUAAACAGAUUCUUUCAGCUGACGAUAAAACUGUUCGAAUAUUAAAAAUUUGUAAAUAUAUACUAUUUAAAUUUUUUUCUAGUUUGGACCCAAUCAAAUCCUUCGAAGCUCCCGCAACUAUCAAUUCUGCAUCACUUCAUCCUGAGAAAGAAUUUCUUGUUGCAGGUGGUGAAGAUUUUAAACUUUAUAAGUAUGAUUAUAAUAGUGGAGAAGAAUUAGGUGAGUUGUCCUUUUUUUCCUGCUUUAUAAUGAUGUGGUUACUUUUAUCAGAUGUUCUAGUAAGCAACACCUCAGUUAUGUAUAACACAUUAAAAGCAAAUUUUCAACUGACUAAAGAACGAAUUGUCGUUGCAUUUCUUUUUGUAGAAGAAGAUAGUGGUGACCUAGCAAAGCCAAAGAUUGGUUUUUCAGAGACAACAGAAGAAGAGCUAGAAGAAAUUGCCUCAGAGAAUUCAGAUUCCAUCUAUUCUUCAACUCCUGAAGUUAAGGCCUGAGCAUCAAACAUGUGCCACAGAUAGUAUACAACUUAAUGGACUAAAACAAGCAAGCAGAGAAAAGCAUCAGCCUUCCAGAAUUACUCUCUGCUUAAGGAAAACACAGACAUAAAUAAUGGGGGAUAUAUGAAUUAGCUCCAGUGUUGGAACAACUAACUUGGUGUUACCUGUAAGUGAAAACUCAAGAGUAUUAGAUGAACGCAGGGGGAGUUAUGCUCUUGUGUGAUGGCCUGUUGUCUUUUUAAAAAUGAAUGUGUGCAAGCCAACAUCCAAUUUCUCUUAUUACAGUUAGAUUUCUUGUAGCUGUUUAUGUUACUAUGGAGAAGAAAAAUAUAUUGACUUAUUUUUCUGACUUUUCCAUUAAAG